AGAAAGCGUAAGUAUAGUUUGUCAUCAUUGAUUUUUCUUUUUAGCUUCUAAAAUACCUUUCAGCUACUCCAUUGUUAAUUCAAUAAUUAUGAUGAUGAAAGGAUGUGUGUUUAUGAAUGUAAAAAUGUAUGGUGAAGUUGUGAAAUGGUGAUAGUAUUUCCUAAGAAGCACUUUUCCUCUUAUAUUAAGUUGGUUGGUUGUCAUCAAGGCUCAUUGUUCUCAAAUCAUACUUAAAAUUAUAAUUUGUGCUUCUGAUUAGUCUAUUUUCAUGUAAUGUUUUAUGUCUAGUUUAACGGUCCAUAUAGAAAAAAAAGUUAUUCGUAAGUUUAGAUUUGACUGAGAUUCAAAUAUAUAUUUAUUCAGUAUUUAAUUUAUAAAACGAUUUUGAGAGAUUUGCUGCUUAAACUGUAAUAAUGAUUCACUUUUUCUCACAACAAAUACUUAAGUGACCUAUUUUCAUUGUUCAUUUUCACAUAUAUUGUUCUUGUCAAACUAGUUUAUCCCUGACUAAAAACAUCAUUGAAAUAGGACUGGCAUAAAAGUUACAUAUUCAUAUUUGAAAUUGAUAGUAAUGUUUAUUAAAGUUACACAUGACUGACAGCAUAUCAUCCAGAGAUUAAUGACAGACAGUGUCUUAUAUGGAGGAUAACUGCGGACUGCGUGUAAUGCAGGAAGUUUGUGUUGAUAUGACACAAUCAUCUUGUGUUGUGUUGCUGUGUUGCUCAUCCCGCAUCCAUUUCCCACUCCAGCAUCCCAACGAUCCCACAAAUAAGUGCUGCUAUAUUUAAGAGCGGUUCCAUUCCUCUGACCGGACUGUUAUUUUUGUCAGCUUUGUAAUAAAUAACUUUCCCCAAGCUGUACACACACUGAGACACACACACACAGCCACAGCUGACAAACACUGCAGUGAGUGUGUAUUGAUUUCUCAGGGAGGUGUUUGUUGUGUUGUGUCUGCGUAACCACUGCACUCGCUGAUCAGCAGCUUUUAACUAAUUGAUCUGAAUGCGAGAAAACAGCUUUGACAGAUGACUUCCUGAAAGUGGCUUUUUGUUCAAAUAAAUGAAUAACCUCAUUCACCCACUGUUAACAAAAAUGAACAAAAUCAAUAAUCGGUGACUUUAAAUAUAUGAUCAAUUGUAGAAUAGAAAUAGGCAACACGCAUCUAAGGUCUGGAGAGAAAAAAAAGGAAUAUUUUACCUAGAAUAAAAUAGAAUAGAAUGGAAUGGAAUGGAAUGGAAUUAUAUAACACACAGUUAAGAUCUGGAAAUGUUUGAAAAUCCAUUAAGUUCAUGAAUGUGUUGCAGAAAUACUUUUCUUUAUCUGGAAUAUAAUAGAUUUGAUUAGACAGCACAUUGAUCCGAUAACAUGGAAUUAAUCUAUUCCUAUAGAACAGAAUCAAGUAGACAAAAGACAUCUGGAAAUCUCUAAAGAUCUAUGUAGAUAUUGUGUGUAACUUGAAUAUGUAAUCUGUUGAAUAGAAUAGAGCAGAAUAGAAUUAACUAAACAGCAGACAUCAAAGAUCUGGAGGAUCCAUGAGGAUUUUCAUGCGCUGCAGAAGAACUUAAAUAUAGAACAGAAUAGAAUAGAAUAGAAUAGAAUAGAUUCAUUAGACAACAGACAUAUAAGGUCUGGGGAUAUUCAAAGAGCCAUGAAGAUCUUAUGUAUUGUAAAAAAAAAAAAAAGUUAUAUAUUUAAUUCAGAAUAGAAUGGAAUAAAAUAGACAAUAGAUUAAUUCAACAACAAUAUAAAUAAUAGAAUAGAAUGGAAUAGAAUGGAAUAGAAUAGAAUAACUUAAAUAUAAAAUAGAAUGCAGACAUGAUGAAGUCAAAUGUAGAAUAUUGUAGAAAGCAGGGGUGUAUCAUCAUUAUUUCGGUUGCUCCCUCAUUAGUGUGCUCAUCAUACAGUCACGUGUUGCAUCUGCUGUUUAAGACUCAUUGAAACAGGAGCAGUGAGGGUGGGGGGUUUCAAAGGGACAGAAAUAACACGUGAUGACGCGGGAACGACUGCUGUAGCCACACUGGCGGCCUUCCUCACACACACACACACACACACACACACACUCACACUCGCCACCAAGACUCACUGCAGGAGAUUAGCGGGACUCAGCGCUGUUUAACGGGACAUGGCUGGUCUUCUGUGUGGAACGAAGAAAAGAAAGCAAGUGAGUGAUCUUCAGGAAGAGGGUAAGAACUCCAUCAAUGCCCCCCUCCUGCUCGCCGGCCCGGAGCUGCUGCCUGAGGACACACUGCUUGAGGAAAAUGCAGAGAGGACGAUUCUAGACCCCACUUCCAGAGAAGACCUCAAUUUCAAAGACCUCCAAAAGGUUCUCAUUGACUGGAUCAACAGCGAACUAGAGGAGGACCGGAUCAUCGUGAAAGACCUUGAGGAAGAUCUGUAUGAUGGACAGGUCCUGCAGAAACUGUUCGAGAAGCUGUCGGGUCACAAGCUGAAUGUGGCGGAGGUGACGCAGUCGGAGAUCGGACAGAAGCAGAAACUGCAGACGGUUCUAGAGGCUGUCAACGGAGUUCUCCGGCCGCUGGACUGGAACACGGAGUGGAGUGUCGACUUAAUCCACUCUAAGAACCUGGUGUCCAUCGUGUACCUGCUGCUGGCGCUGGCCAUCUACUACGCAGCUCCCAUCCGCUUACCUGAGCAUGUGUCCGUCAAGGUGAUCGUUGUCAAGAAAAAGGAGGGAAUCCUGCAAACUGCUCAUGUGACCAAACAACUCACAAGUACCACAACAGAAAUGAUGAUCGGAAGAUCGGAACGUGAUGCUUUUGACACUUUAUUGGAUCACGCACCUGACAAACUGAAUGUAGUGAAAACGUCGCUGAUUACAUUUGUCAAUAAACACUUGAACAAACUGAACCUGGAGGUGACGGAGCUGGAGUCACAGUUUGCAGAUGGUGUCUAUCUGGUGCUGCUGAUGGGCUUGUUAGAAAAUUACUUCGUGCCGUUGUACAACUUCUACCUCACGCCUGAAAGCUUCGAACAGAAGGUGCAUAACGUGUCAUUUGCUUUCGAGCUCAUGCAAGAUGGUGGUCUGCAGAAACCCAAAGCGAGACCAGAAGACGUGGUGAACUUGAAUCUGAAGUCAACACUCAGGGUGCUUUACAACCUUUUCACCAACUACAAGAACUCAGAGUAACACUGAAAGCGAUCUGAGGAUAGUCGCUACGUGCCUCGAUGCCAGGACUUCUUCGCUCACACAUCCCUGGUGUUAUAUUUGUAUGUAAGAAUGAAAUAUUUUGUAUUAUUUUGCUUAUUUAUGCCCAGAAUCGAAUGUAUUCAGCCUUAAUGAUGCGUCAGUGUAGCAGCUCAUUAAAAUAUAUUAUUUUUCUCGCAUUUGACUUCCGCAAACGAGGCCUGCCACUGCUUUAAGCACUACACCCGAAUUACUUUUUGUCCUGGAACGCACUGUGUAUUUUGUUCUAAUAGAAAUGCUGUCAUUAUUUCAAAUAAACAAGUACUUUCUACAUCCUGGAAUGAAUUCAGUUCGA